UCGUCACCAGCAGCAUCGCCUAGGAUGGCAGGAAUUACCCGUACAAGUCUGUGGGACUCUAUUAAAGUGCUCUUCUAUGUAUCCUCUAUUCUGGGGCUUAUUCCGUACUCACUGCGUGAGUACUUUUCGAAUCAUGUAUUAAGAAUUUCUAUUAUUGGCAAUCUGUGGGUAAUAUUUAACAUGUGUCUGUACUCGGUGGCCUACCAUCUGGCUACGGAUGAUUAUAUCGGCGUGGGAGGAGGUGGACAAGGCACUCUGACCAAUGCAAUUGGCAUCUUCAUCAUCUACAUGGAACCGUUAAUGAUGUGCAUCGAUUUGAUAGCGUCGAUGAUCAACCAAAAAAUGCUCAUUGAGUGUAUGGAUCGAUUGGACAAGGUAGACCAGAAACUGGCUGGCGAGAAUAUCUCCAUCGAUAACCGACGGAUUCAGCGGUACAUAAUGAUACUCCUGGUAGCAGUUUUGAUUUUCGAGCUUCUGUUGACUACCUACAAUUUCGUAGUGUUUGUUGAUGUCAUUACUCUAUGGUCAUUGCUAUGGUUUGUGACCGCUUUUCCUACCGGGAUUAACUCGGCGAGUCGGAUUUGGUUCGUGAUUUUGGUUUUGGCCGUACGUCAUCGUUUCCGCGCUAUGAACAAACACAUGGACGAAUUGGCAGGAUUAUUGGAAGAGCACAACGAACGUUGGGAGGACGAGCUGGAAAUUGAGAAACACAAUAUUCCGAUGAACUAUCUAGAGAAGGAAAUUUUUACAAUACGAAGCCACAGAGGGAUAGGAUUGCAGUCGAGGAAGUUGGGAGCUCCGGUUGGUACAAACAUAAUCAACGUUAGACCAAUCGAGAAGCGGCUGGAGGACGAAAAGGCAAUUGCUUUGAAGCAGUCGAUGUUUGAUUUUCUAACAUUUGACAAGUAUAUGCGAAUUGACGAGAAGCUGGACAAAAAAAUGAUCUUAAUUUGUCGCACCCAUGACGAGCUUUGUGAGAUUGGAAAAUCUGUCAAUCACAUGUUCAGCUUUCAGAUGUUGGUCUCGAUGGCUCACGGUUUCAUGGCGAUAACCGCUCAGUUUUAUUUCCUCUACUGCGCUCUAUCCGGUCAGGACGUUCCGAUAUUGUUUCGAUCGGCGCAGGUGCCGCAAAUUGCAGUGCUGUUAAUUUUCUCUAUUGCCGCUAAAUGUGUAAUUUGUAUUUACGUCUGCUGGAAAACCAAAACCGAAUCGCAACGUACCGGUAUCUACAUGCACCAUCUGGCGAACAUGGUUGAUGAAACGCAUUUCUAUCAGAUUGUGAACCAUCUUUCACUAAAGCUGCUGAACCACCAGUUCACUUUCAGCGCGUGCGGGUUUUUCGACCUGGACAUGACUACCCUAUAUGCGAUCACGGGCGCUAUAACCAGCUAUUUGAUAAUAUUGAUCCAAUUUAAUUUGGCGGCCCUGCAGAAAUCCGGUAAUUCAACCAGUACUGCAACUGUUGCCAGCACCGUAGCUACAUUACUGAACAGUACGGAAAUUACCGCUUUGAGCACCUAUGUUACUAAGCCUUAGACGGCGAACUCGUGGAACAGAGCACCGUCGUUGCAA